AUGACACAACGUCAGGCACCACGUAAAGCUUCAGCAGACGUGGAAGAGACUGGGGAGGCUCCUCCCCGCCGAUAUGGUGCUUCCCACAGUCUCCGCGGGGCUCUUUCACGUUUCAGACCACACACUUCGAUGAGUUUCGACCUGGGUCUUCACACGGAGAAGCAGAUCUCGAUCCCCGAGUCCAAGCUGAUUUUGGCCGCGAGCUAG